AUGGGUUUGAUCUACGCUUUCGUGGCGAGGCACACCUUCAACUUCUACAAGACCACCGAGUGGCUGUACCUGGCAGUCGCUGACGAGGCGUUCGGCCGGCAGGCGCGUGCCGUUGCGUGCGCGGGCGUGGCGCAACGUGCAACAGAUGGGGUCCCAUACGCCUACCUGGAGCGCAUAGCAGAGGCGUGGGAGGGCGACUUUGCGCGCAGGGCGCAGCGGGCUGGUCCUCACAGCUUCAACCGCAGCUUUGGCCCCCGGCUCAAGGAGCAAAUGGACUUCCUGAACGCCAACCCCGAGGCCAUCAACAGGGUGGCGGCUGUGCAGCGCAAGGUGGAGGACGUGAAGUCUGUGAUGGUAGAGAACAUCGACAAGGUGGUGCUGCGUGGUGAGCGCAUCCAGCUGCUGGUGGAGGCGGCGGAGGAGCUGGAGGCGUCGGCCAAUCAGUUCCGCAAACAGGGUCGCGCGCUGCGCCAGCAAUUCUGGUGGCAGAACGUCAAGACCAAGGUCGCUGUGGUGGGCGGCAUCUCCCUCAUACUGGCGUUCAUCCUGGUCUUCUGCAUCUGCUUUGCAGGUGCCAAUCGUUGCGUUCCCAACAAGACUGGCCGCUAA